AUGCUUCAAAGCAUUGCAGGGCAUGGAUGGAGAACACAUUCUACUAAACCCACUCAAAACUUACAUAUAGGCAAACCUGGAGCUGGCUUUAGCUUUGAACUUACUGAUGAACAGAAGGAGUUUCAAGCUACUGCUCGUAAAUUUGCUGUGGAGGAAAUUAUUCCUGUUGCUGCACAAUAUGACAGAACUGGAGAGUAUCCUUUUCCACUUAUAAAACGGGCAUGGGAACUUGGGCUUAUGAACUCACACAUACCAGAAAACUGUGGUGGUCUUGGCCUUGGCAGUUUUGAAGCAUGCCUUAUUACAGAAGAGUUAGCUUAUGGAUGUACAGGGGUUCAAACUGCCAUUGAAGCAAAUUCCCUAGGGCAAAUGCCAGUAAUCAUUGCAGGAAAUGAGCAUCAGCAGAAGAAAUACUUAGGAAGAAUGACAGAGGAACCAUUGAUGUGUGCUUACUGUGUAACAGAGCCUGGAGCAGGCUCUGAUGUGGCUGGUAUAAAAACAAAGGCUGAGAAGAAGGGAGAUGAAUAUGUUAUUAAUGGUCAGAAGAUGUGGAUCACAAACGGUGGGAAAGCAAACUGGUAUUUUUUGCUGGCUCGUACCAAUCCAGAUCCAAAAGCCCCUGCAAGCAAAGCCUUUACUGGAUUCAUUGUGGAAGCAGACAGUCCUGGAAUCCAAAUUGGAAGAAAGGAAAUGAAUAUGGGUCAACGCUGCUCAGAUACAAGAGGUAUUGUCUUUGAAGAUGUGAGGGUCCCAAAAGAAAAUGUGUUAAUAGCUGAGGGAGCUGGAUUUAAAAUCGCCAUGGGAGCUUUUGAUAAGACUAGACCACCCGUAGCAGCUGGUGCUGUUGGAUUAGCCAAAAGAGCACUUGACGAAGCUACCAGAUACGCUUUGGAGAGAAAAACCUUUGGGAAAGCAAUUGUUGAACACCAGGCGGUGUCCUUCAUGCUUGCUGAGAUGGCCAUGAAGGUAGAGCUGGCGAGGAUGGCCUACCAGCGGGCGGCCUGGGAGGUGGACGCCGGCCGCAGGAACACCUACUACGCCUCCAUCGCCAAGGCCUUCGCAGGCGACGUCGCCAACCAAGCGGCCACAGACGCAGUCCAGAUUUUUGGAGGAAAUGGAUUUAAUACUGAAUAUCCCGUAGAAAAACUAAUGAGGGAUGCUAAAAUCUACCAGAUUUAUGAGGGAACUGCUCAGAUUCAAAGGAUCAUCAUAGCUCGUGAACACAUUGGCAAUUUCAAGGCCUAA